AUGGGCUUCUUCAAGCGAUUCAGGCGUCACAAAACCCCAAAGAAGAACGAAUCCCGUCCUCGCAACGACCUCUACGCCCCCGCCAUCCCCGAAUACCAUGGGCCCGAUCAAUUUGUCCGCCUGCCCGACCACGUCUUGCGUCGCAUCUUUGAGCAAGUCUGCCCCCAUUCCACUGACGAGACCCUCGACGGCAGCGAGGACAGUGGCAACGAUGGCUGCAUGAGCUGCGACAUGCGAGACCUGGCCCACUGCGCCUUGACAAAGCGACAAUGGUAUGGUGUAGCCGCCGGUUUACUUUACAACAGCAUCCGCAUUGAUGCCGUCCACUACUGCGAGCUCGAGGAAAUCUACGCCGACCAGCGCAGGCGCAAGUCGCGUAACGGAGAUGAAAUCGACGCCCCCACCGAGCGACUCCAGCAGCUCGGCCAGAGUGUCCGCGGCAACCAAUACCUCGGCCAACGUGUACGCUUCAUCAAGCUCCCCUACAUGACGCGCGAGGCUUGCAAAGCCGACCUUGCGCGAACUGUGUCGGGCUGCCCCAACCUCGAGUACAUUGACCUCCCAGAUGGCUUCUACAGUGGUGACCAGUCUUGCCAGCUGCUGCGACAGGAGCUGCAGGGACGAUGCCCACACAUUAGGAGAAUGAAGUACACCGAGGGUGGCGAACAGGCGCUCGAGUCGCUCCUCCAGGGCUACUGGCAAGAGCUCAUCACCGUUGAGCUCAAUACGAUACACAUUGAGCCCAGCAUCUUGCGACAGGUCUUCGGCAUGCUUCCCCGACUCAAGGAACUUACCAUUAUCGGCGCUCCAUGGCUGAACGACUCCACUUUCCACGAUGCCCCUGGAAUUCCAAACUUCCCUGCCUUGGAGAUCCUGAGGCUAGAAAAGUGCCACACAGUGACUGCACACGGCUUGGCCCAGUUUCUCCACAACCCCAUGUGCAGUGCCAGACUCCGAACGCUUGUACUCAAGGACUGUGCUGGCUUCCCAGUAGCAUCUCUUCACAUUGUUUUGCAGGCAGCGGCCAACCUUCGGACAUUAGAGUACACGGCCACGGUCUCGGCAUCCCUUCCCUUGGACCCUAUCCCGCCCAUGAACUCGUACACACUGCACAAGCUCAACUUUGAGGUCGUAUCCAGCGCCGCCAACCAGGUCUACCCUCCCGCUGCGUCGUAUUACCAGUAUCUAGCCAAGUCGCUAAUGUCCAACUCGCUUCCGGCUUUGCGACAGCUGUGGGUUCGUGAUCCCGAUUUCCCAGAAAUCCUUACUCUUGCGCCACCAAUACGUCCGUUCAGCGAGGCACCGCCGCCCAUGUUCAACCAGCCCUUGGAGGUCUACUCCAAGGGUCUCGAUGAGCUUGAUUGGAUCUUUACCUCCAUCAUGCCUCCCGAAGGCCAGCAACGACGUGCAUCCAUGUCUGUGGGCCGGCCACUAAGCAGCUACUCGGCACACAAGGGUCUUGGACCCCAGUGGGGCGGAGAUGCCCGCAAGAGCAUUGUAGUACCAAACGGGUUCGGUGGGUUCCUGGCCAUACCUGCCGACAACGAUGGGCGACCGAGGAGCGCCGGCCAUAUGGCACCUAGCGGAGGCUUUGGACACGGCUACUCCAACUCGCUCGGUGGCCGAGAACCCAGCCCGCGCGCAAGCUGGAUGACCCACGUUGGUCGCGAGAAGCGAGCCUCGAGGGCUGACUUGUGGCGCUAG